AGGUAAUAUUUUUUUAAAUGUACUCCAAAUUGAUAGUUUUAAUGACUCAGAGUAACUGGAAGCUUUCUAUUACUGAAGAAUUAGACUGGCUAAAUAGUUUCGUAAUUCUCCACAGCUGGCAGAUACACCAAAAUCUGAAAGAUAUGAGCAUGUACUGGAGGCACUAAAUGAUUACAAGACCAUGUUUAUGUCUGGAAAAGAAAUAAAGAAAAAGAAGCAUUUGUUUGGCUUGAGAAUUCGUGUUCCUCCUGUGCCACCAAAUGCUGCUUUAAAGGCUGAGAAAGAACCAGAAGGAACUUCUCAUGAGUUCAAAAUUAAAGGCAGAAAAUCAUCUAAACCAAUCCCUGAUGUGAGGGAAUUAAGUAAUGGUAUAGAAAGAAAGGGGAAAAAAAAAUCAGUAGGUCGUCCACCUGGUCCCUAUACAAGAAAAAUGAUUCACAAAACUCCAGAGUCGUCUCCUCUGGAUACUGAACCAGUUCCAGUGAUAGAGACCCCAGCAUUGGAAUUACCCUGCUCUGUUGGGAAAUCCGAUGGAACUGCACAUUCAUCCAAUACCUCAGAUGUGGAAUCCACAGGUGCUGCCAGUAUAAAAGAAACUACCUCAUCUAGCAUAUCCAGACAUUAUAGUUUAUCUGAUUCAAGAAAAAGGACUCGUACAGGAAGAACUUGGCCUGCUGCAAUACCACAUUUGAGAAGAAGAGGUCGCUUUCCACGAAAAGCUCUCCAGACUCAAAAUUCAGAAAUUGUAAAAGAUGACGAGAGCAAGGAAGAUUACCAGUAUGAUGAACUCAAUACGGAGAUACUUAACAAUUUAGCAGAUCAGGAGUUACAGCUCAAUCAUCUAAAGAACUCUAUUACUAGUUAUUUUGGUGCAGCAGGUAGAAUAGCUUGUGGUGAAAAAUACCGUGUUUUGGCUCGUCGGGUGACACUUGAUGGAAAGGUGCAGUAUCUUGUGGAGUGGGAAGGAGCAACUGCAUCCUGACUGUAGGACUGAAUAUUAUGUUCACUGCACUGUCAUCUGUAAGUACAGUUCAUAAUGCAGAGCCAUGAGAGGUGUGUCUUUAAAUGUUUCUAAAAACAAAACCAAUUUAGCCUUAACAUGUAAUUGUUAUCAUUACAGCUCUUGUGAUAAAAGACUUAUCUUUUUAAAAUCUGAUCUGAAACUUAAAUUUUUUUAAUCUGAACACUGUUAGAUUGUUUUAGGUUGGGAUAUUUUGGGUUACAAUUGCUUAAAAAUGUGCAUGGUGUUUUAAAAAAAAAGACGUUUUCUAGAGAACAUUCCAUGGAUACAGUUAUUGUGAUUUAGAAAAAUAUUAUGUAGAUAGCACAAAUCUUUGAAAUUUUUUUGGUUUGUUUUCUUACCCAAAUGUUUGCAGAAAUGUAUUUCUAUUUCAAUACUUUCUAGAUUUCAUAAGUGCAGUGUAUAUAAUGCCUACUGAAGACUGUAAAAUACUGAAGUUUUCUUUCAAACAAAGUGUAAAAAAAAAAAACAAAAAAAAGGAAAAAAAUAUAUUGAGCCUGUAAAUUGCUCUGUGACCAGACUUCAUUGUCUUCUUAAUAUAUUCUGUGUGUGUGCGCAUGUGUUUGUGUAUAUACAUAUGUAUAUAUGCACACAUACGUGUGUGCGUGUAUAUAUAUGUGUGAUUGUGACCUAUGCAAUACAAAUUAUGGGAUUGGACAGCUUCUGAGUAUGCAUCCCAUAAUUCUUUUUUCAGGAAUAGUUGCCAGUAUUUAGACAGCAGCAUUUCUUCUCAGGCUUAUUGGGUGCUGUUGCUUUCUGUGUACUAAGGAAAAUGUCAAACCAGUGCAUCGUGUUCUGGCAGUGGGUGCAGUCAUUCAUGUUCAUAUGCCUUGGGGUAAUAUAUUCCUUUCUUUUCCAUGUGACUUAACAGUUUUAAAAAAAAAAAGCGCAGGAUUAGAACAUUAACGACCAGAAAUAACAAUUUUAAAGCUAUUUUGGCACGUUGAUUGUAAAUUGUGUCCCAGUUAUAAACUGAGUUGAUGGGAGUUGCAGAAGAUUCCUACGUAUGUGUAGAAACAGUCAUAUUUUGAUAAAGGUAGUAUGAGCAAAGUAUUAUUGCACAGGGUCAACAAAAAAUAUGUUGCCAUUUGAAGUAACAGUACUCGUUUUAAUACAAUAUUACCUCUUUUGUUUUUAUAAAAUGUACCAACUUCUAAGCUGA